AUGCCUCCUCUCUGGGCUGUGCUGGCCCUCGGCUGCCUGAGGCUCGGCUCAGCUGUGAACCUGCAGCCUCAACUGGCCAGCGUGACCUUUGUCACCAACAACCCCACGCUCACCACGGUGGCCUUGGAGAAGCCACUGUGCAUGUUCGACGGCACGGAGCCCCUCAACGGGACCUACCAGGUCUACCUCUACGUCAUGGUGGGCUCAGGUAUGGCGGCAAAUGCCUCGGUGCAGGACAGCUCCAACGCCCCGCUGGGCUCCACGUUCCAGCAAACCUUGGGUGGACGGACAGGCCCCUACAAGGCCACAGUCUUUGAGCUGAUCCCCUGCAGCGAUCUGCCCAACCUGGCUGGCGUCGGGGACGUGACCCAGGCCUCGGAGAUCCUGAACAUGUACCUGGUGAGGGUGGGUGGCAACAGCACCUGCCUGUGGGACCCCAACUUCCAGGGCCUCUGCAACCCACCGCUGUCGGCAGCCACGGAAUACAGGUUCAAGUAUGUCCUGGUCAACAUGUCUACAGGUUUGGUGCAGGACCAGACGCUGUGGUCGGACCCCAUUAGCACCAACUGGCCCACCCCGUACGCGGCCAUCGACACGUGGCCGGGCCGCCGCAGCGGGGGCAUGAUUGUCAUCACCUCCAUUCUGGGCUCCCUGCCCUUCUUCCUGCUGCUGGGCUUUGCUGGUGCCAUGCUCCUCAGCUUCCUGGACAUGGGCACUGCCGACGGGGAUAUGACACAUGACUCCCAGAUCACACAGGAGGCUGUCCCCAGGUCCCUGGGCGUCUCAGAGCCGUCCUACGCAUCCGUGAACCGGGGGCCUCCACUGGACAGGGCUGAGGUGUACCCUGGCAAGCUGCAGGACUGA